CAUAUCGAGCUCCGAGUCCGCAAGCAGACCGACCUCGAGAGCUGCGGGGGGGAAGAAGAAGAAGAAGAAGAAGAAGAGAACGACGGCUCGGCGUCCAUGGAAUCCCUCUCUCGCUACUAGUCAGUCGCCGGCGGGUUCCCGAGGCUCGAAGAUCGCAGCGGCCGCUCGCCACCGCGCAUCCACCGCAGGCAGGCGGGCAGGUCGGUCGUCGCGGCGCAGAUGACGACGGCGACGACGAGGCGACGCCACGGCUGGCAACGCCCUCUCCAUCCGCUCCAGAUAGUUGGGAUGGCCGUGUUCAGUUUCCUAGCGGUGGCUUUCUACGUCUUCCUGGGACUGUUGCUCGGGACCAGAGCUGCCGAAAUCACUGUGACGACGAUAUUCUCCUUUGUGGCGUUCUCGGCGAUGUUCCUGUUUGUCUGGUGUACUGCGAUCGAUCCGACGGAUAAGACCGGUUAUAGGAAGAGGAAGAGAGGCAAAUCUAAGGGCUUGCUUAAGCUAAAUUAUGGUUUCGUCUUGGCCCAGAUCGUUACUAGGUUUUUCAGGAGGCUGGAGAGGAAGAUCCUGCGGAAAAUCAUAAGGAGGAAGUACCUGGACCCGAUGAACACUAGCACGCACUUAGAGCCCCUGCUCCCAUUUCCCCUGGUGAUGAAGGAUGAUGCCAUUGCACCUGAUCUUAAAGCAGAUGACAUUACUUUCUGCAGCCUUUGUAACUUUGAGGUAAAGAAGCACAGCAAGCACUGCAGGACUUGCAACAGGUGUGUGGAAGGGUUUGAUCAUCAUUGCAGGUGGUUGAACAACUGCAUUGGGAAAAAAAACUACACGAUAUUCAUUCUCCUCAUGGCUUCUGUCUUAUUGAUGUUAAUUAUAGAAGGAGGAACUGCUGUUGCGAUAUUCGUCAGAUGCUUUGUGGAUAAGGAAGGAAUAGAACAUGAGUCGCGGAGGAGGCUCUACACAAAGUUCCCAAGGGGAGUUCUUGCCACAAUUUCUGUUUUGUUGGUUUUACUCACAGCUUAUAGCUCAGCAGCGCUAGGACAACUUUUCUUCUUUCACAUGGUGCUCAUUCGGAAGGGAAUGAGAACUUAUGAUUACAUACUGGCUAUGAGAGAGAACCAAACUGUAGGAUUUGAUGUGUUCGAUGAUUCGGAUUCUGGUGACAGUUCUGACUACGAUUCACCAGAAAAGUCAACUUUCAUGUCUCGAUUCGUCUGCAGCGGAGACAGGGGAGAUCAGAAUCCAACGAGAUUGUCGAUAAGGAUUGAUGAAGAUCCCAGAUCUUCUCCUUUAACCAAGAAACAAGGCUUAAAUGUAAGUAUUAACCCAUGGAAGCUGAUAAAGUUGAGCACAGACAAAGCUCUUUUAGCAGCAGAAAAGGCCAGAGAGAGGCUCUUGAGACAGAAGGCGACGGUGGAAGGCGAAUUACAUCCGUUGCCACUCGAGAAAAAACGUGGGCCACUAAUCAACACAGACAAGAACAUGGCAACUGUGCUCACAGGCUUAACGCCCACCGUCGCCAGAGGCGUGCUUCCAGGAUCACCUGGGAGGUUUUCAAGUCCGAGAAGACGAUUCUCUGGCUCUCCCACCAUGUUCUCAGGCAUCGCGGCAUCGCCGAAGCAAAAGUACAAAGGCAAUUUUGACCUGAAGUCGACAGAGGUCUCGAAAGAGCUCGAAACCUAUAUAUCGAGGCAGGUUUUAAGUCCUGUCAUACAAAAAGACGGGAGCGAAGCAUCUCCGGCACACAUUUAGUGCUAGAAACUCGAAUUCUCGGCCUCAGAGACAAAGAAAAGGAUUCUUUGAUUGAUCUCUCUUUGCCUUUCUAGUGUGUAUUUAAGAACAAAGAGUUUACCUCCUACCUUUUCUGUACCAUCCUUUUUCUUUCAACAUCCUGUAUUUAACGGCUUUCAAUUGCAAUUCGAAAAUGCCGAUUCAUGCUCCGUCAGCUCAAACUCGUCGGUGAUUGGAUCGAAUGCUGAUGAUCAGAGCAAUAAGCAUCACAAAGGUGAAGAGCAGGAUCUUUUGGGAACCAGCAAUUUGACUGUGCACAGUCAUCUCUUGAGAUGAGACUUCGAAUCUGUUCCGUCACAUUUCUGCCCUUACUAAUUACUGUGCAUAAAGUUUCGUGAAUUUUGUAGGCAAAAGGUGAAAUUUCUUGUCCAUAUUUGUAUUAUUAUUAUAUGAAUAUAAAAGAUCUCAAUCCUUUUUUUCAUUUC